UUUGAAGGUCUGGUUCCAAGUCUUUUCAAGAUCUUUUCCUUUUGUAUGGUUAUGUGUUGUAGAAAUCAAAGAAAUGGGUGCCAGAAAGCUAAAGAAGAAAGGCCAGUGCCGCCCCAAAGAGAUCCAGUUUCCUCCUCUUACUCUCCACACUAUUAUCUCCGCAAUUCAAUCUCCAGAGGGUCUAAUCCCAGCAAACAUGAGAAUAUUGUAUGCCAUGCUAGUACAUUUGUCGCAGAACAAACCAGCUAUGAGUUGGUCUAAUUGUGAAUCUGCUGCGAGUCGCACAGAUGAGAACUUGGAUGAAUGUGGGCUCCAGUUGAAAUUUAAAGAAUAUCAUUAUCUAUCUGAUAUUUUGUUUGAGGAACUCGACAGGAGAUUUAAGGAGUUGUUCUCUGCUUUACGUGAUGUUUCUGCUACUCGGGAUAGUGGUCAAGCUGCCUUGCUUACAGAUAUUUGGGCAAAGAGGGAAGAACUAAUGCUGCUGCUGAGAUGUUGUAUGGUACUAUUAAUUUUGUUGGCCGUCAACCAAAGUCUUCUCAUAGAAAAGUGCAGACUUCUUCUUGUACUACUUAGCAGAUUGAUUUCUAUUGAGUUAACUGGUGGUGAAAAUGAGAAAAGUUCCAUAACUUUUAAGAGGUUAAUUUCUCUUGAAUGUGCUUAUGUUAAUGGCGAUUGUACUGCCAAUGUUACUGAGGAGUUUUUUGCUUCAAUAUCUUUGUUGGAACCUUCUGAUUCGUGCUAUACACUUCUAUGUGGAGUGCUUGAGGUGUUUGCAGAUGAGCUUUUGGUGCAUAAAUCUUUGAGAGAGUACUUUACGUUGAUUGAUUUUGCGUCUUCCAGAAGUGAAAUGCUAUUCAACUUCCACUUUGGCCAUGGUAAUCUUGGAUGUGUGCUGGAGGUGAUUUGUGCUCAUUUUAUUCUAUCAGUUUCCAAUGAGCUAGUAUUUGUACGUUUCAUCAACAGAUUAUUUUGGUGCCAUAAUGAUGACUUCAGAAUUCCUGAAAUAAGCUUGCCAGCAUCCUUGUCUUUGCUUCUCAACCCUGUUAUGCUUUCAGCUCCAAAAAUGUUUCAGGCACAUUUGAUUUUAUUGGUUUCUGAAGUCAUUGGUAUUUGCGCAGCUUCUGAGAAUAUUAUGCUGGAUGUUAGAUUGAUGGAUUGGUACUCAACAGCAUUUGAAAGGUCUGUUGUAUUGUACACCAGACAUAUGUCUAAUUUGUAUGUUGAUAGCAAUAAUUUGGAUGGUAAUGGGUCUUUUGAUAAAUUAUGUUCGCUUGGUGGCAGUCAGCCAACUUUUGAAUCUUUUCUUCUGCAAGCCACAAUGGACAAGAUACAUCAUCUGAUUGCCAAAUCAAAAAAUUUUGCAUCUUCCUAUUUAAGUGAUAUGUCCUCUGGAACAAAUUCUGACCUGGUGGCUGUCUCUAUGGCAUAUGUGAAGGAGAACCUGUGCAUUUUUGAUGAAUCUUAUAAAGAUGAGAUUUUAUCAAUUUUAAAUUGCAUUAUACUGGGAUGUUCAUCUAAUGAUAUAAAUGGCCCUUUAUUUCAGAAAAUAGGGGAAAUAAGCCCUCAAGAUUUAUAUCUUCUUGCUUCUAUACUGAAGUUAAUGAGUAGUUCAAUGUUGCAAGCUAUAUGGUGUCUGAGGCGUGCUAGGAAUUCAGAAUGUCUGAAAUCCCACAGGGAUGUUUCUUCAUGUAAGGAAUAUGAUUAUAUAGUGGGUGUUCUUGGCUGUUUUCAACAGUUUAGUAUCCGUCUGCCAAUUCAGAACUUCUUAUAUGAAUCCAUGCAAUCUCACCCUGCAAGGCAUAAGGAGUCCAAGUGGAUGCUUUUGCAUCUUUCAGGCUUGCUUUCAUUAACUUAUGUUAGUGGGAUUGAUUUCUUAGUGAAGAGCUGUUUAUUUAUGAUGAUGACACUGUUGAAUUGGUUUCUUGUUGAAGAGUGUGAUCUCAGUGCACUAGGGUCAUUAUUUGGUUUUGGAUCAAAUUCCUGUUCACCUAAAUUGUCUGACAAUGUUGAAGGGGUCCUGGUGAUCAGAAAAACUAGCCGAAUAAUUUCAUCAAAAUUUCAGAAGAUUCAUGAUAUGUACUUGAGAACAGGUUCGUUCAUAUGUUCUAACAAAAUAAAACAAGACGAGCAAGCGGAAACUUUAAAAUAUUCCUCUGUCCCAAAUGACCUGGAUUCUGCUGUAGCAGACAAUACUAAGGAAACCAGUAAUGGUGAGAUGUUCCUGAAAUGUGUACUUGGACAAAACUCCCGAGUAUCUGAUUUUGAUGAUUUAGCUGACUUCAUUGAAUGCAAGCCGGAAAAGGAUUACUCUAGCUGGUUAAGGGAUCGACAGAGAUUUAGACAAUGGAAAUAUAAAAAAAUGAUAAGUUUAAGAUGGAAGAAAAAGAAAAUGACGUGGAAUUCUAUGAAAGUGAGACAAACAAGAUCUUGGGUGGUAUCUGGAGACAAAAGAUAAGCAAGAUCAUAAAUCUACCUUGGUGGUGUUUUUAUACGACUGUUGGGUUGCAUGAGAUGUUGGAUAUGGAAGACCUCCACACUAAUCAAUCUGCAAAGGGAACGAUGAACAGUUGUUUGAAGGUUCAGAAGUGCCUAUGGAGCUCGGUGGAUGAAUUCAUCGGUGUUGGAGGGUUUCAGGGAGGCACUCAUAAAGCCUUGAUAAUUUGAGGGUGUUCAUAUGAUAGGGAAAAAAAACAAUGGAAAACUCUUUUUUUUUUUUCUUUCCUUGUUGUAACAUUUGAAAAUAUGAAUUACUUUAUGCAACUCGAGAUGUGUGUAGUGAGUUACAUGUGAGAUAGAGGGGUAUUAUGCAAUGGUCUCAUUGCUUUCUUUGUAAAAAUUUAGAAAUGAUCAUAGAAGCAUACAAUGUAUCCUAACUGGUCUUUAUCCAUCUUCAAAGGUAUAUGAAAUAGGAACGUCUAGGGUUUGAAUUUCA